ACAUGGGACUGUUUGCAGGGCGGUGAUUGGACGCAGCGGGAGUGUGGAGAAUUUGCAUAUAACAGGUAGGGAGAGACACAAGUCUGCACAGAAAGGAGGGGAGUGUAAAGAAUCCUGCUGAUUGCAAGUGAAGGUGUGUGAUUAUUGUCUGUGACUGCAGGUUCCACACUCUUGUGUUAUGUUAUGUUAUGGUGCGUUCAAGUGUUUUAUUCCACUUGUUGACAGGAUGGACCACCUCUCUUCUUGGCAGCCUCUGAAGGAAGAAGAAGAGCAGCAACUUGAACCUCCUUUGCCUCUGAGAUCUGAUGAGGAGAUGCUCCUUCUCGGCCCCUUCUCACCACCUGACCACCACAUGCAAGACUGUGGAGACAGAAGGUGUGAAGACUGGAGUCCAGCGUGUCCACGUCAUCAGUCGUGUCCCUGCUGUCAGCAAGACCUCCAGACCUCCCAAAACUGGAUACGAUGUGAGAGGGAGGCCAGCGUUUCGGUGAACGUCCCUCAGUUCUCCGUGCCUCCUGAGGGGGCCGUGUCAAAGGUCAGUGCCACCGCCGUCAUGGCUGUGGAUGAGACGGCGAUGGCGGCAGCCUUCUCGUCACACACGUGCGAGAAAAGAAGAACCACGGAGCAGAGUGAGUCUUCAUGUGGCUUGGUUCAAAGGUCAUAUCAUAGCUCUUCCUAUAGAUUUCUGUUGUUGCCAGGAAACAUUUUCAUCACCUACUCCUCUGACUCGUCCACUGAGAUGAUGGCCCUCGUUGACGUCCUCUCCAAACAUGGCUUCCGACCGGCCGUUGGCACGGUGGACCAGACCUUCAAAGACGUGGACCAGACCUUCACAGAUGUGGACCACACCAAGUGGGAGGACAGUUUCCUCAAAGACUGUGUUUUCCUGUACCAGCCAUCCACCCCCAUCAUCGUGGCCAUCAGCCCGAGGUACAAGGCGGACAUUGAAGGUUGCGUUGAGGACAGUCGUGGCCUGCAUACCAAAUAUAUUCACACCAUGAUGCAGCACGAAUUCAUCCAACAAGGAAGCUUGAACUUCCGAUUCAUCCCAGUUCUCUUCCUCAACGCCUCACAGAAGCACGUCCCUGGAUGGCUUCAGAACACGCGUGUUUACCGCUGGCCGCAGGACACGGACGAUCUGUUGCUGCGUCUGUUGAGAGAGGAGACGUUUGUUCCUCCUCCCGUGCCCGUGGAGCUCACCCUCAUCAUCAGGCCUGUCGCCGCAGCACCUUAAUACAUGAUUAUUAUUAUUAUGAUUGGAGCCCCAAAAGACAACCAUAGGACGCUAACACAAGGUAUUUCCUCCAACUGUCAGCUCCGCUCCCACAUUUGGGGUCUUUGGAGUUUCCUCCUUGAUCGACGUUCAUUGCAGUUAUACAGUCAGUGAAAUAUCUUUUUUGAUGUUAAUGUU